ACUAAUUGUCAAAACAAAUUUUAAUAUUAAACAAAUUCUUGCCGCCAAAUUAAAUUUAAAAAUCGAUUAUCACGUGACUUUGAAUCGAUACGUAUGUAGACCAAUAAGAAUGCGUUCUUUUUCAAAACGUAACCUCGUUGAAGUUGUGACAUGUUAAACAUCAAAUAAUAUUCAUCGGAGUAAUGAUAAAAAGUUGAUUAGUAAAUUAUUUAAUAAGGAAAUAUAUAAAUUGCAAUACAAAAUGAAGAUACGAGGAAGCGCAGAGAUGCUUGAAAAGAUGGAAUUGGAGAAGGAUGCACGUGAAGAUGUGAUGCAAUUGAUUCGAGCAAAAAUGAUUGAAAAAACUGAUAAUUUACGAUCAGUACAACGUUUACAUAUCGAUCGUAGAGAAGCCGAAGAAAAAGACAAACUCGUUCGUUUUCAAGAAGAUCGCGAUUUACGAUAUCGACAAAUCGAAAGGGCUAAUAAAUUAGCAGAGGAAUUAUCACGUCGUAAAAGUAAAGAAGCGCGGGAAUUACGUGAUUUGAAAGAUAAAAAACAAAUCUCACGAUAUUCUCCUACACUUUGUUCUCUCAUUGAUUUAAAAUCACGAUUUAUCGAAGAUAUGAUUAAACAAGAUUCGCAAUCUUUCGAAAUCCUUCAAAAAUGGUACUCCGAUGAUAAGUUCAAUAAAAUACAAUUGGCAAAUAUGGAAGAAAUGAAACGACUUUAUUGUGCCGAUUUGCAGAAUCAAAUUAUUGAAAAAUGUCGGAUAAUGCGAGAAUUGGACGAAGAGAGACAACGUGAACGUAAGAUAAUCGAACAAACGAUCGAAGUUAUUAACGAUGAAGAUAUUCGUAAAGAGGAACAAAAGAAAGAAAUUCAAAAGUGUUUACAAGGUGAGAGACAAACUUUCUUUGAAGCGAGACAAUGUUGGAAGGAAUUACAAAAAAUUGCUAUUCAAGAGGAAGAACAAAAAAUAGCUAAAGCUAUUGCUGAAAAGGAACUCGAAUAUAACAAGCAAAUGAAGAAAAAAAGUGACAUCGAUACCGUAAAAGAAAGGAUGAUGGAAACUAUUGCUAGAAAGAUGUUGGACGAAGAAAUCAAGAUAAAAGAAAGAGAAGAUAUUUCUAAUGAAUUGUAUUUAGAAAAGAAAAAGAUCAAAGAAGCUAAUGAAUCUUUAAGAUUAGCUUUAGAAAAACGACAACAAACUAAAGAACUUUUUGACGAUAUGGUAAAAAGAACAAUUGCAAACAACGAGAAAAAAAUGGAAGAACGUGAGACGGAAAUGGCUUUUACGCGUAAUCUUUACGAGGAACAAUUAAAACUCGAUGAGAAAGAUAAACAAAAGCUAGAAGAGAAACAACGAAAGAAUAAACAACAUGGCGAAGAUUUGCAAAACAUUAUAAUGAAUAAUAAGAUUAAAUAUGCCGUAGAAUUAUUGAAGAAACAAAAAUAUGUUGGUGAUGGAUGCGUAGGCAAAAGUUAUUAAAUUAAUAAAUAUAUCAUUUAAUUACUUGUAAAAGUUAUGAUGUCGAUAUUUUCAUUACUUUUUUUAUGAGAAGACACACAAAUUGUUGUUGCAGUUAAUUUGAACCAUCCUGAAUACAAAAAUAGAUAUAAUCCUGUAAAAAAUUGAUAAAUUCAACUAGAUUUAUAUUUAUUUCGGGAACACAAUAAAGAUAUCCAAGUUUUCGCCCAUUAUUUAUUAGUACAUAGGUAUAUAUAUAUAUAUACAUGUAGCCCGGAAAGGUAUCACCUUUACGGCAUUUGUUAUUUGUACAAAGUCCGUGUAAAAAUACAGCAGCCCCAUCUUAUAUAGAUUAAUAUUAGGAGUACAAAUAAGUUUCCGCCGUUUUGAAAGAGAUGACAUGGCACGAGGCUUACGUUAGAAUUCGCAGAUGAUAACCGGCUUGAAAAUUAGGUUGCUCAUUAUGGUGGGUAGAGGUAAGGAGUAAUAUCUCUUAUGGGAGAACAUGUGAAAAAGUGUCCAACGUUUUUUGAAAAUAAUAGUUCAAAAAUCUUUCAGAAUGGCGUUGGUGAACGUAGUAGGUAUUGAAGUAUGCCGAAUUAUGUAAUAAUGCUUCCUUUAAAAAUUUACCGUGUAGGAACUGUGACGUCACCCGAAUUGAAUGCAUGUCAAUGGACACUUUUCAUAUACAGAAAUGUUAUUCCUUACCUCUACCCUACAUAUUGCUCAUUCAAGAUGCAACAUAACUCUAUCAUAUUAUUAACUUCGUAUUAGCAUCAUAUAUACGGGGACGGGGACGAGGGGCGGAGGGUAGCUAUAGAGAGUUAAACAAAAUCGAAAAUGUUAAUAAAAAAGAAAAAUUUAACUUAAUUUGCUCGAUACAUACAUAAUAAAAAAAAAAGCAUCGUGUAAGUACUAAUAUUUUUGUUUGUUUGUUCUGUUUUGCUUUCAAGCGAGAUC